AGAUUUGCUUCCUAUUGGUCGAAGGGGAGGCAAGGGGAAGCGGCCCAGCGGCGUUUGAGGGGUGCCCCGGUAGCCGUCAUGGCGAACCGGGGGCCGGUUUGCUACGCUCUGCUGUGCGGCCAGGCGGCGCUGCUGCUGGGCAACCUGCUGGUGCUGCAGGGCGUUUCUCGAAGCCACCAAGAGAACGCCACGGACAGCCCUGCGCACAGCCAAGAGCAGCCGGCGGAGACGCCUCCGAUAGCCGCCAUCAUUUCGCCGGCCUCCAAGGCCUUGGACUACCUGGGUCCCUACGCGCCGCUCGUCCUCUGCGACCACCUACCUGAAGAGUUCAUUGAAUGUGAGGAUCCCGUAGAUCACAGUGGAAACACAAGUGCACGAGAUGAACUGGGCUAUGGGUGUCUUAAGUUUGGUGGUCAAGCAUAUAGCGAUGUAAGCCACACUCAGGUCCAGUGCACAGCCCUCGAUGGCAUUGAGUGUGCAGGUCCAAAGACUUUUCGGCGAGGGAAUAAACCAUGUAUAAAGUACACUGGACACUACUUUAUAACCACUCUCCUCUACUCCUUUUUCUUGGGUUGCUUUGGAGUGGAUCGUUUCUGCCUGGGACACACAGGCACAGCAGUGGGGAAGCUUCUCACGCUUGGAGGGCUAGGAAUUUGGUGGUUUGUGGACUUAAUUCUUCUUAUCACUGGAGGACUGAUGCCCAGUGAUGGAAGCAACUGGUGUACUAUUUAUUGAAAAGUGGAGAACUUGCAACUCUGGACCUCAGUUGAAAAAGGAAAGUGAGGAGGAAGUCUUAACUUGGCAUUUCUGGAGACCUGCUGUUUGCAUUCUGUUCUAUUGCAACAAGACAGACUUUAUUGUUGUUCUCCUGUUACACUGGAAUGGUCGUCAUAGAUCCUCAUGGAGUGGAAUUAACAGCAAACAUUAUAAUUCUGGUGUACAUACAUCGUUGCUUGAAUGGAAGCAGUACUUAUUCUUAGCUAUAGGACUGGGAAGAUUUCUACCUUUGUAGAAUAAACCUACUUAAUGAACUUA